AUGAAUAUAGAAAAAUCUCUUAAUUUUAUGGAUUCUGUAAUAGAUCAUAAAAUGAAAACUUCCAAUGAAAUCACAAACCAAAUUUCGCGUAAUAAUCCAUUGUAUCGUAUUUUAGUUGGUGCUGUUAGAGGAAUUGCAGUUAUUAUGGAACGGUGUGCUUUGGAGCUUUGUAAAAUGAAGAGACCUUUUGCUACGGCAGAACAAGCCAAAGAAAUUUGGAGAAUUCUUGUUAAUUGGGCAAAGCGAAAGUAUUCAAUUGAUUAUUGGUUAGAUUGUGUUGGAGGGAGAAAAAAUCCACAAGACAUUACAGAUGAAAAACGUAAAAAGGCCGUAUUGAUGCUUAUAUUUUGGAUCCAUACUCAAAAGCCGAUCACCAAGAAAAUUGCUCUGAAUGAUAAAAAGAUUAAUUACACUGAAUAUAAAGCUAAAGCCCUUCUUGUAUUAAUUGUAUCUCUUGUCUCAUACUUAGAGUUAGAUUUCUUUGAUAAAAUCGUCUUAGAUCCAUUUAUCCGACUAGAUGAAGAAUCUUUCCCAAAAUUCAUUUUACAUAUGCAUCUGAUUACUUACAGAUUGGCGGAUUUGAUUAGAAUUCAUCAAAUGACCAUUAAAGAAAUUUACUUUGGUGUCUCUUGGCAUCAAAUGAAAUAUUAUCCAAGACAAUUGACAUACAACCUAAUAAUUGACAAAGUAGAAGAUGUAGAUAUCACAACAGGCCGUUUCAUCGUGUUGGUUCGUAGACGUAUUGGAUCAUCCGACUCACUAACACCACAUGCAGAUGAGCAGUAUAAAUUCAGUUCUGCUAUUGAAACAGGUUUUCCUGUCCUUGAAAUACCUAAAGGAGAGUUUACAUUGGAAGAUUUUAAUAAAGAAUUAAAGAAGGCUACGGAGGGUUGUGAAUGCUUUAUAGUGAUUACUGUAAAGCAGUUUUUACAUGAAGUUAACGAGCUUCCCUCAAGAGUCUCAAGAGACUUAACAACAAGAACUGGCAUUGUGUUUGGAGAUCGGUUUCUGGAGUUUAUGGGAAUAUACGGAGACUUUACAAGAUUUAUUGCUGGAGAAGUAUCGGAUGAGGGGGAGGAAGAUGAAGUAUCGGAAAUGAUGAUGGAAGUGGGAAGAACUUUAUCCAAAAUUCAUUCAUGCCCUGUUCGAACAGAAUUUGUUUCAUUCCUUGAGGAACCGAGAAGGUUCUGCGUUGCAGUAACUCGAGCAAAGGCUUUUAUUGGUGGUGAUAAUUGGGAAUGGUAA